UACUUCCAUCUUUGCUGCUGGCGCAUAUCAAACAGGCACCGCUCAAGAUAGAUAUCUCAGUUAUUAAAAUAGAUACUCUAUAGUUAAUAUAAAUCCCUUUGGGGUUGAAUUUCUGCCGGCACUAAAACGUUCAUCACUUCCCAAUUUUCAAUGAUUUGAUAGCGAAACGCGCUUCAUGUUUUUAAAUAACGAUACGGUGGAGAUACUCAUCUUGACUUUAAGACAUCUUUGGAACCAAAAGACGUGUGUGUCUGAAUUACACACCCAUGCUUUUAAACAACACAGCACGUACCCGCACAGCUUCUAAUUCAGUUUUAAUUAAGCAGCAAUUAGAGUAUAUUUUCUGGCGUAUGGUCUAAAUAAAAAUGGAGUUCCUUAUGACUUUAAAACCUUUUUUUAAAUGCACCAUUCCCAAACACUGGACACCAUAUAUCAGAUGUAUCCAGCCGAGACACUGUUGCAACUUAUCCAACACCAAAGAGACUUCAGGAGAGAAGAGGAACACUGUGCAGGAGUUCAAGUCCCAGCUGUCUUCUGGUCCAACUUUGCAGGAUUUCAUUCAUGGACUUCCAGUGAGGAAGACUUCUGCCUCUGAUGGGCAGCACUCCCAUGAACAAAGUUAUUUUUCUGAGGAAUUGGGCAACUCAAGAAAAGUGUUCUUUGAAACCUAUGGCUGUCAGAUGAAUGUAAGCGACACAGAGAUAGCCAGCUCCAUCCUGCAGAGCAAAGGAUACCAACGGACCGGGACCUUAAGUGAGGCUGACGUUGUUCUUCUUGUAACAUGCUCCAUCAGAGAAAAAGCAGAACAGACAAUUUGGAACAGACUACAACAACUUACAGCGAUGAAGAAGAGACGGUUAAAGACGCAUGCGCCAAUGAAAAUUGGAAUUUUAGGGUGCAUGGCAGAGCGGCUAAAGACCGAGCUGUUGGAGAGGGAGAAGCUUGUCGAUGUCAUUGCUGGACCAGAUGCCUACAGGGACCUUCCCCGCCUCUUGGCCGUGGCUGACGGAGGCCAUCAGGCGAGCAAUGUGCUGCUGUCGUUGGAGGAGACCUACGCGGACAUCAUGCCUGUCCACCAUGCUCCUCAUGGAUACAGCGCCUUUGUCUCCAUCAUGCGGGGCUGUGACAACAUGUGUAGCUACUGCAUUGUCCCCUUCACCAGAGGCAGAGAGAGGAGUAGACCCAUCAGCUCCAUACUUGAGGAAGUUCGUAUACUCUCUGACCAGGGUGUGAAGGAGGUGACUCUCCUGGGUCAGAAUGUGAACAGCUACAGAGACACAUCAGAGGAACAGUUCUGUGGCCCAGAUCCGACCCAACUCAGCCGGGGAUUCAAGACCAUCUACAGGACAAAACGGGGAGGCCUGCGCUUCUCUGACCUGCUGGAUCGAGUGUCACAAAUUGAUCCUGACAUGAGGGUCAGAUUCACUUCCCCGCAUCCGAAGGAUUUUCCUGACGAGGUUUUGCAUCUGAUUGCUGAACGGGGGAACAUUUGUCAGCAGAUCCACCUUCCAGCUCAGAGUGGGAGCACCGAGAUCCUUAAAGCAAUGCGCCGUGGGUACAGCAGAGAGGCGUACCUUGAGCUUGUGGAGAACAUCAGGAGAAUUAUCCCAGAGGUGAGUCUCAGCAGUGACUUCAUCUCAGGCUUCUGUGAAGAAACAGAAGACGAUCACCAGCAGACCCUGUCUCUGAUCAGAGAGGUGGGUUACAAUGUGGGAUUUCUGUUCGCCUACAGUAUGAGAAAGAAAACGCACGCCUUCUAUCGGCUACAAGACGAUGUACCAGCAGAGGUGAAGCGGCGGAGGCUGGAGGAGUGCAUCAGUGUGUUCAGAGAGGAAGCAGCAAGGGUCAACUCUGCUCUCGUCGGAAGCACACAGCUUGUCCUGGUGGAAGGAGAAAGUAAAAGAUCUGCCAAGGACCUGUGUGGGAGAACUGAUGGAAAUAUGAAAGUGAUAUUCCCCAAAGAGGAUGUUGCUGUUCAUACUGCAGAAUGCAACACUGCUCCAGUCAAUGUUGGAGACUACGUGUUGGUAAAGAUAUUGUCGUCCACGUCCCAAAGCCUGAGAGGCCGAGCUGUCAGCCUCAGCACACUGAAACAGGAGACGUUGCCCCGGCAAGAGCUCGAUGAACAUUUGGCCUCAGACGCUACAAUGAUUGAAAACAGCCCUUGACUGACACAGAUGACACCAUGCAAACAAAACUAUCACACUGUCUUCUUCUCUUCAAUGACUUGACGAUACAUGGAGGCUAUUCAUACUGUAAUUUCAGUUGUACUACAGUCAGGCUGGACUCUUGAUGAGUGUUAUUCUUAUUUAUAAAGUCACUAUGUUUGUACAUAUAAUAAAGCUUGAGAUGCAGAAAACUA